GAGCUGUCCCCACCCGGGCCCGGCGGGGAAGCCCCGGGGCGGGCGGCCCCUUCCUGGGCGGGAACGGACGGCAGCGUUCUUAGGAGGGCGGCGGCGGCCGGGGCGCAGCGCCAUGAACCGGCUGGGGCUUUGGGGACUGCUCUGCGCGGCGCUGCUGGGCUGCUGGGAGCCUGGUGAUGCCCUGACAUGCUUUGAUAAGCAGUACAUAUACAAGAGCAGAUGCUGCAACCGGUGUCGGCCAGGGGAAAAGCUGGUCUCUGAGUGCAAUAAAACAGAAGACUCUGUCUGUGCCCCUUGUGAGAGCGGGCACUAUCAGCCAAGCUGGACCAAGGAGAAACACUGUGCUCCUCAUGAUAUCUGUGAAGGCAAUGCUGGCCUCAUUGUGAAGAGGCAAGGAAAUACAACACACAACACAGUGUGCCAGUGCCAGGCUGGCAUGCACUGCUCUGACAUCAGCUGCCAGACCUGCGUGGAGAACCAGCCUUGCCAGCUUGGCUCUGGCUUUGUGGCAGCCAAGGCUGUGGACCGGAUGUCAUCCCCCUGUGAACCCUGUGCAGAAGGCACCUUCUCCAACGUCUCUUCUAAAACCGAGCCAUGCCACCCCUGGACAAGUUGUGAGGAAAAGGGGCUGCUGGUGAAGGUGAAAGGGACAAACUCCUCGGAUGUGAUCUGCGAGUCAAACAGGCGCUCCUCGCUGUCAGUGCUGAUCCCCAUCACAGCUGCAGUUGUCACAUGCCUCGUGGGCGUCUGCAUCUACUGCCUGGUCCACACAGAUUCCAAGCGACGGAUGCCGAAGGAGAUAGAGGCUGGGGAGCCCGGAGAGAACCCAGAUACCCCGCAGCCCACGGAGCAGGAUGAGAAUGUCUUGCCUGUGCAGGAGACCCUACUCAGGGGCCAGCCUGUGGCCCAGGAGGAUGGCAAGGAGAGCCGCAUCUCAGAGCAGGAGAUGCUGUGAAGGCACAGGGCACUGCCUCCAACAGGAGCACAGACUGGGGACAGCACCAUCUCCUCUGUCCCCUCUCCAGCUGGGGAGGAAAUCUGGCAUGUGGCCUGGCUGCAAAUGAUAUGAUGCUGCAGUGGACCAUGGCACGACCACCUCAUGGGAAUACCACCACAACUCCUGGUCUGGUCACCUGCACAGGGCUGUUCUGGUGGAGCAAGACUUGGCUGCCUGCAUGAGGACAUGGAACAGAGCUCCAUCCUGCUUCCUGCCCAAGUGAUGCCAUGAAGCCCAGCAUGGCCACUCGCCUGCUGAGCCCUUGCAGAGCCCGCUGCAGCCCCUGGCCGUAGCACAGAGUCACUGUUGACAGAAAGACCCUGGCACGGAGCUCGGUUUCCCUGAGUGCUGGAGAAACCAGGGCUUGGAAAGUGGGCUGCUAGUGUGAGAUCACCACGGCAGAGCUCCGUUCCCUCUCCGGAGCGCUGUAAAAGUGCUGCCCGUGCUGGAGCAGGGCUUGGUGGGUGCUGGCAUCCGGACAGGGCACCCCGGCCCGGCCCCGGCCCCUCCGUGCCGCCUGGCGCGGGGACAGGGCUGGGAUGGCGGCAGGGCCGGAGCGCAGACACCAGCGUGCGGCGGCCGGGAGAUGGUGCUGCGGGACCGGCGCGGGCUGCGCGGGGCGGCACCGGCACCGCCCGCCCCCGCCCCGGCCCGCCUGGGCUCCGGCUGGGCACGGGGGGCUCUGGGCACGGAAGGCUCUGGGCACGGGCCCCCCUCCUGCGGCUCCCCCACACACCCACCCGUCCGUGAGGGAGCGGCCGCGCUCCGUCAUCCUCUGCUGCUGGCGGAACCGUGUGGUUAAGCGUGGGUAUCUGCCCCCUGAGCGUGAGCGGCCCCGAGGCCCCGGCGCCCCGGGACCGGCGCUACUGGCUGUAAUGUUCCGGGAAGGAUGCUUUGGGAACGGGCGGGUGCUCCCAAGGGAGAGGCUCCCACCAGAGGAGUGAGGGAAGGGCUGCCACCAGCUGUGCUGACCCCCACUGUGCCCCCAAGCCCUCCCCAGCACACCCUGGCUGGGCCCACUCCCCUGCAUGCGCUUCCCCUGUGGCUGCCCUCACUGACCCCCACAGCAGGAUCUGCCCCCAGCACAGCCGUGCCCAGCCCGUGUCCCAUGCCAGCAGACAGAGGAUGCGGGCAGGGCUGCCUGCAGCAGGCAGCUCCGUGCCCCUUGCCUCACUGCUCUGACAGGAAAAUGCACAGGUAGCGUCCAUUGCACUGCAGGGUGCUGCAGUGUAGCAGCAGAGUCACCACGGGCUCCAGAGCACUGGUGUGGGGCUGCAGUGGUGCUGAGCCCACUGCAGGCUUUAGGUACUGGGAGCAGCCUCAUCCUGUGACCCACCACUACCUGAACACAGGCAGCACGGCAUGAGAAGGGCCAUAAAUCCCAGAGCAGGAGCAGCUGGAGCACGGAGCGACUUUGCCUGUACAGGCAGUGGCACAUUAUUUAAGGCUGCUCUUAAAACCUAAUGUUAGGUUUAAUAAGGGAGAUAAAAACAUGGCAGCAGCUUUCCCUCCUCUCAGGGCUUGGCACUCCCAGCAGUGCUGGUGGGAUGGUCUCAGGCUGGGCAGCAUUCCCUUGGCUCCAUCCCAGAGAACACCCAGUUCUGGGGACAGAUGUGAUCCCGAUCCUGCUGGAGGAGAAGGUGUUAUGUGGGCCACAGAUGCAAAGUCUUUGGCUCCAAACAUUAAGCGUUUGCCCCCACAUGAUUUCCAAAGGACUGGCUCCCCAGGUGGCAGGCUGAACUCUGUGGGGCCACCUCCCCCUUUCCCCCAAGGCUGGCCCUUCCCUGCUGGCACGCAGCAUGUUCAGUGCCCACUUCCCGUGUCAGACGUGUACCAUCUCAUUAGCUCGUCUGUCCCCCAAAGUGAGAAGGGAGAGUGCGUGAGGCCUAAUUGAAUGUAACUAAUUAUUCACUCUGCAAAUGCUCUGUUUAAAUGGGAUUGUGAGGGACAGAAUUACUCAUUCUGAAAAGGGGAGAGAAAGAGAGAAAGACAGAGAUAAAACAAAUAGAGGCGGAUGCUGGAGCUGCAGCUCGCUCUCUCUCCCCAGAAUACCAAUUACCGGAUGAAGUGAUUGUAUAAAUCUUUACCGAGUGAACGGACUGUACUAGUCACUUACUCCUGUCCUCUUAUUAUGAGGAAGCAAUGAAAAAUCAUCCCACUCUCCAGUCCAGUUAAAGAUUCCCAGUUGCUCUCUUGGGCAAUAUCUCACCAGCUGGAGAGCUCGCCCUGGGGCUUUCUCAGGGUGGGGGUCCCACUGAGACAGGGCUGAGCACUUGGCAGGAACCCAUACCCCUCCUGCACCCCCAGCCCUGGGGAGGAGCAGUGGCUGUGCAUGCUCUGGGGAGGUGCAGGACUUCUGCCCUAGCUGGAUCCACCCUGGAACAUGGGGAGACGUGGGCUGGUCAAGGGCCCCAGUGUCACACAUGUGACAGGUCACCCAGGGACCUGGCUCAGUGGCACUCCAGGUCUUGACCCCUCAACUUCCUUGUUCUUCCCUUCUGUGUGCCCUGCCAGGCCCCUGGUGUCCUCCACUGGCCCCUGCAGUGCUCACUGAAAAGGGAGAGCACGGUGCUUCCCAACCUCCUCCCACGCUGCAAUCAAUGUUUCUCACUCAGGGUGUCUCUGCUCCGCUGGUUGCAGAAAUGCACUUAUUGGCAGUGACCUCCAUCACUCUUGCCUGCCAUGUCUUUUAAUCCCAGAUCCCUCCAAACACCUACAUUUCUGUUCUCAGUAGUGGUGUGGGAUGGGAGAGGAGGUCCUGGCCCUGCAGAACUGGGAAAGCUGACAGAGUCCCCCUGCACCCUGCCAUCAGUAGGGAGCACCCACAUUCUGGGGCCCUGCUGCAUGAGCUGGUGAGGACCCAGCCAGUCCCAUACUUCCUACAGGCAGCCCCAGACCCCCCUCACCACCAGGCAUCAGCAUGCCAGGGGCUGGGGACAAAGACCACCUGGUCUCAACAUCCUGCAGCCAGAAUCAGAGAUCCCCUGGGACCCUGCAGGUGCUAUUCCAGGGAAGCCACAGGAGUUGUGUGGUGGAUUCACUGUGGGAAAACAGGCUGGGCACAGGUCAGUGACAAGAGGGUAAAGCCUCCAGUCUGUCCUGCCUUGUCCUGGUUGGGGAUUUGAUUGUUGCCAGCAGCAAGUUUCCAUGCACUGAAGAUGUGCGUGUGUGGGUGUGAGGGAGAGAUAACAUCAUCAUCGUCAUAACAAAUGCAGCUGUGCAGCUCCACUCUCUGCUUAUUGGCUUUCUUCUCUUUAUCUAUAAAUAAUUGCGGGGACACAAUAGACUUUUAAGUCUGCCAAAGAGUUUGUCUCCCUCCAGCAACCGUAUUGCUACAGUGCUGCCACCUUAUCUGCUUGUAGAAAGAUGAGGGUGGGAAAAAUAUUUACUGUCAGGGAUAUUUGUCAUCUGCAAAUUACCUCUGCCUACAGUUCGCAGCAGGGAUGGGACUGACAGCGCCAAUCUGUGCUGUGGGAGUGUGAGCACAGGGGGUCUCCACACUGCCCCAGACCCACCUGAGCCGAGUCCCAUUAGCUGGUGGGGCUGGCAGCAGUGAGCUGGCACGCCCACCAUGUGUGCAAAGCCACAGGGAUGAGGCUGAACCAGGUGCCUAACAAGUGGCUUGACACAGAGGAUCACCUUGAUGGGACUGGGACAUUAGGCUCUGAGGUUUGAGCCCCUCCCCAAGCACAGGCCUGCACCCCCAGGCUGUGCAGCAGCCCCCAGCACAGCAGCCCCGGCCACUGACCACUGUGAGAGCCCCAGGCCUUGCUGUUCAUCUGCAAAGAACGAAAG